AUGGACACCUCCACCAAUGCUACCAACAGUUCCAGCCUCCAGAUUUCCCAGUUCAUCUUGAUGGGGCUCCCAGGCAUUCACGAGUGGCAGCACUGGCUCUCCCUGCCCCUGGCUCUGCUCUAUCUUUUAGCUCUUGCUGCCAAUCUCCUCAUCUUAAUCACCAUCCAACAUGAGUCCACACUUCAUGAGCCCAUGUACCAUUUCCUGAGCGUAUUGGCAGUCGUGGACAUUGGCUUGGCCAGCACCAUUAUGCCCAAGAUUAUGGCCAUCUUCUGGUUUGAUGCCAAGGCCAUCAGCCUCCCUGAGUGUUUUGUUCAGAUGUACGUUGUCCACUGCUUCUUUUGCAUGGAGUCUGGUAUCUUCCUCUGCAUGGCAGUGGACAGAUACAUAGCCAUCUGUCACCCACUGCGAUAUCCUACCAUAGUCACUGAAGCUUUUGUGGUUAAAAUCAUAGGAUUCAUGGUGAUCAGGAAUAGCCUGUUCACCAUCCCAGUGCCUGUACUGGCUGCCCAAAGGCUCUACUGCUCCAAGAAUGAAAUUGACCACUGCCUGUGCUCCAACUUGCGAGUUAUCAGCCUGGCUUGUGAUGACAUCACUGUGAACAAAUUUUACCAACUGAUGUUAGCAUGGGUCCUGGUUGGGAGUGAUAUGGCUCUGGUUUUUUCUUCCUAUGCUCUAAUCCUUCACACUGUGCUGAGGCUGAACUCAGCAGAAGCAAUGUCCAAGGCUCUGAGCACCUGUAGCUCACACCUCAUCCUCAUCCUCUUCUUCUAUACAGGUAUCAUUGUUCUGUCUGUCACACACCUUGUAGAGGAAAAGAUUCCUCUUAUCCCUGUACUCCUUAAUGUGCUACACAAUGUCAUUCCCCCUGCUCUCAAUCCCAUGGUCUAUGCCCUCAGGAUGCAUGAGCUCAGACGGGGCUUCCAGAAGCUGCUUGGGUGGGUAUAG